CUAUACGUAAUGUCAGUGAAACGUCAAAAAUAAACUUCAAGAUCGCGUGCGGUCAUGUGCUGUAAGAAAUUGUUUUGAUAACUAAAAGUUCACGUGUUGCUAAUAUCGCUUUCCGAUAAACUAGAUUAAUAAAGGGAAUGUCCCAGCCUACCGUUCCCAUAAAGCCCCCUGGGAAAACAUGGCGAGAAAUAAACCAGGAAAGGAAAGCUUCAAAGCGCCAGCGAAACGAGGAAAAGAUUGUGAAGCGAGAAAAGCGUCAGGCCUUGGAGAAGGAGGCUGAAGAGAAAGUGCGAGAAGAGCAGGAAAAAAAGAAGAAAUACGCUGAAAUAUCGACAAUUAGCAUAGCGGUGCCAGGUUCUAUUAUGGAGAAUGCCCAGUCGGCCGAAUUGCGAACUUAUUUGGCUGGACAGAUCGCAAGAGCUGCGUGCGUGUUCUGUGUUGACGAAGUUAUAGUAUACGAUGACAUCGGGGACAAGAUUGACACAAAGAAAUCCAAAGUUGAGGAUUUGGAUGGUGUAAAAGUGGCUCGUAGAAGUUGUGUUCAAUUAGCGAGGAUUCUGCAGUACUUGGAGUGUCCUCAAUAUUUGAGGAAACAUUUCUUUCCUCUCCAUAAAGAUUUGGAAUUUGCUGGAUUGCUCAAUCCUUUGGAUGCACCACAUCAUUUACGAUCAUCAAAUGACUUUACAUUCAGAGAAGGCAUAACAAUGAACAAACCAGUAAAACCAGGGAAAGGUUCUCAAGUCAAUGUGGGCUUGCUGAAAGAUAUCUCUGUUGAUGAGUUGCUGAACCCCGGGAUCCGAGUAACUGUGAGGAUGCUGCCAGAAGGAGGCAAGAAGCUGAAGGGGAAAAUUGUGAGUCUUUCUACUCCAAGGGCUGAAACUGGCGUGUAUUGGGGCUACACUGUGCGGAUUGCACAGAACCUCGGUCAAAUCUUCUCACAAAGCCCUUAUAAAGAUGGAUAUGACCUAACAAUAGGAACAUCAGACAGAGGGGAAUCAAUAGACAACAUUCCCAACAAGGAGCUAAAAUACAACCAUGCACUCAUAGUAUUUGGCGGACUGCAUGGUAUCGAGGCAGCAUUAGAAAGUGACGAACAAAUGCAAGUGGACGAUGCCAGUUUACUCUUCGACCACUACCUGAAUGUCCUUCCUAACCAGGGCUCCAGAACCAUCAGAACGGAAGAGGCUAUUUUAGUCACACUUUCAGGACUACAGGGCAAGUUACAAGCUAAGAAUGAACCCAUGGUGUUCAAAGGGGAAGGUGUGGCUACAAGUUCUAUAUUUCCAGCAACAAAGCCAGAGAAUACGCAAAAAGCUACAGAAAGUGAUGAUUUAAGCAGAUUUGAUUAAAAAUGUAUGUAAAAAAUA